AUGCCCUUGAAGCUAGAGGGAGAGGAGUUCAAGCUCAGAGCAGUAGACAACACGGGCGAUGGUGGCGCGAUAUGCAAAGACGCGCCCUCGUCAGAUACGGAGGAUUUGGUAGAGGGGUCGGAAGAGGCGCCACGUGACCUGGAGAAAGGGCCCAGCGGGUUCUUCGCCCGGCACAAGAACCGGCCCGUGCUGCUGUUCCUGCUCCAGAUGCUGUUUUGCGUUAUAAUCCCAGUGCUCGUGAUCGCGCUGUGUCUGAACCUGAUAGGCGUGCCCAGCCACGCGCGCGACUCCAAAGAUGUGAUUCCGAAAACCUGGCGGCUGGACACGCAACAGAACUACACCAUCGACCAGGACUACUGGCACGCGCAGACCGGCGGCGCGGAGCGCCAUUACUACUUCAAUAUCUCGACGCUCGCGGAAGUCGCUCCCGACGGCAUCGUCAGAAAUCUCACCGUUAUCAACGGACAGUAUCCGGGACCCUUGAUCCAGGCCAAUGCCGGCGACACUCUGUUUAUCCACGUCGAGACCCACGACGUUCCCACCACGAUCCACUGCCACGGUCUCUUUUUCAACAAAAAUAAUAGCUACAACGACGGUGCCGCCUACAUCAACCAAUGCCCUAUUUCCGCGGACGGUGGCACCUACGAUUACAAGAUUCUUCUGGACGACACCCAAAGCGGUACCUACUGGUAUCAUUCGCACUACGGGACGCAGCAAGCAGAUGGAAUUUUUGGUCCUCUGGUGAUUCAUUCUGCCCACGAACGAGAACUAAUAGGCGACCAGUACGACGCUGACGUUGUAAUCAUGGCCAAUGACUACUAUCAUGACAUGGCCAAUAGUUACUUGCCCCAGUACAUGGGCUCCGAUAACGAAAAUAAUGAGCCCACCCCCGAUGGCGGACUAAUCCAGGGCACAAAUAAUUUCACCUACGAUUCUGCAACGUAUGUUGUCCCCAACAGCGGCAAUGACGACAGUAAUAUCACUGCCACGUAUGUUGGCGGUAACUUGGCGGUUCUCAAUUUCGAUCCCAAGAAGAAGUAUCGUAUCCGGGUUAUCAACGCUGGGUUCUUUGCGCCAUUCAAUUUCGCUAUUGAUAGUCAUAAACUGAGAGUCGUCGAGGCAGAUGGUACGGUAACCGAGCCUCUAAGCCUAGAAUCCAUUGAUAUUUCGGUUGCGCAAAGAUAUUCUUUCAUUCUAGAGCCUACGGAAACUGAGCUUACCCAAUAUUGGAUGCAUGUUAGAUUCAACACUUUCUGUUUGGCCGAAGAUAACCCAAACUUCAACACCGAUCUUCGGGCAAUUGUCCGUUAUGAUCAAAAGUUCAACUCUACUCCUGACAGUGACAGUUGGGACUACAAUGGUGGCGACGUUCGGUGCAGAGACUUCAAUCAGACCUUGCUCAAAACAUUGGACGGAACAGUGCCUAGGGCGCAAAAUGGUUCAACGAGGCCCGAUGUUUAUUUAGAGUUGGACGUGUCAUUUAUGAUUGGAGCGUACCAACUAGAUCGGGGAUAUUUCAAUGACAUGACCUACAAGUCGCUCACAAACUCCUCAACCAUGAAUCAACUGGUAUCGUAUCCCAACAAUAAUACAAUCAAAACGCUCGGCAACACACAAAUAGAAACCAAAAACGAUGGUCAGUAUCUCAUAAAUUUGGACAAGCGUGGAGCCGUUGUGGACUUGGUGAUUAACAAUUACGACGACGGUGCGCAUCCAUUUCAUCUUCACGGCCAUAAAUUUUGGGUUUUGUCAACCGCUGACCGUGGGUAUUUCAGAAAGUCUUUUUAUGAUAGCGACAAUGGUGAGAUGGAUUUUACUAAUCCUAUUUCCAGAGACGUUUUAGGUGUUUCUGGGUAUGGUUACGCGGUUAUUAGGUUUGUUGUUGACAAUCCAGGUAUAUGGCCUUUCCACUGUCACAUUGGGUGGCACAUGGAAAGCGGGCUCUUACUCCAGGUCAAUGAAUUGCAAUCGGAGUAUUCUGCUUGGGAUAUUCCAAGUACUUGGAGCGAUCUGUGCUAA